ACGGGGACUGGAGGUGAGGCAGCCGGAAGUGCCGAGAGGGCAGUGACCGGGAAGCUUCCGGUGCUGAUGUGGCCGGAACCUGGCGGCGCGGCGGAGCGAAAAACUAAGCUGAGUGUCCGCCAAGGAAGAAACUGACAUGCAGCUUGGCAGCCUGUUGGGGAUCCAGGCUGCUGGCAAGCCGUGACUCCUUCCUUCCCUGCUCCUUUUGUGCUCCAGCUGACCUCCUUGUUCUCCCUCUGUGCCGCUGGUUGCCUGGAGGGUGAAGAUGCUCAGCCGUCUGUCGGGGCUGGCCAACACUGUCCUCCAUGAACUCUCUGGGGAUGGAGAGGAGGCCGGGAUGGCACCGUCGCCUUCUGGAGUGGAAUUUGAACCCAGCCAGCAGAAUGGGGAGGAGACCCCAGAAGAUGUGCUGGAACGGCUGGCCCAAAUGGAGAAGCUGGUGGUGCAGCUGAAGACCCUAGUGCGGGAAAAGGAUGCUCAGCUCCAGCAGAAGGAUGCCACGCUUCAGGAAGAGAGGCAGGCGGCGGAAGCUAAACUGCUGAAGCUGAAGCUGCAGGCCAAAGUCAAGGUGGGCAACCUGAACAAGCGCAUCGAGGAGCUGACGGCCCAGGGAGGGGCAGUGCGUGCUGAGGGGCAGCCGGAAGGGACCCCCCCGCCUCCUGUCCAGGGUGACCGCAGCAAGAGCGAUGGGCCGGCGGACGAGACGGGCGCGCUGAGGAGGCAGCUGCAGGAGCAGGAGGAAAGGGUGAGGGGUCUCCAAGGGCAGCUGGAGGAAGCAGCGGGAAGACUCGGGGAUGCCCAGGCCCAGAUCAGCUCCCUCCAAAAGGAGGUGCUGGAGAAGGAGUCACUCCGUGAAGAACAGGCUCUCCAGCACCAGGCAGAAGUACGCCAGGCGGAGGCUUGGUCGGCCCGCGAGGCAGAAAUGCAGCAGAACCUGAGGCAGCUGCAAAGAAAGGUGGAGGAACAGGAGGAGGCCCUGCUGGGUAGGACACAAGUGGUCGAAUUGCUGCAGCAGGAAUUGAACGACACUCAGGAAGAGAAGCAGCAUCUCCAGGAGACGUUGCAAAAGGCCGAGGCAGAGCUGGAGGCCUCGAGAGACGCUCUGGCUUCCGUCCAGCAGGAAUCCGAACAGCUGGUCAAGAGUCUGCAGCUGCAACUGGCCGAGCAGGAGACGGCGUUCCGGCAGAGCCAGGAGGAGGUCCGAGAGCUGAGCCAAGAGCUGGCCCGGGCGAGAGCAGUCCGGACCGAGCAAGAGCAGAAGAGGGAGGCUGAGGAAGCCCGGCACGCCCAGGAGGUGGCGGAGAAGGAGCAGGAGCUGGCUGAGUUUCAAAAGGCAGAGCAGGACCUGCAGGCCAGUUACGAGGCUGUCCAGGCGGAGAACGCCCGGCUGCGCCAGAAGGCGGAUGGACCAGGGGCGAGCUCGCCCGAGGACGCUCCUGCCGCCCAAGGGGAGCCCACCGAAAGACCCCCGGAGCUUGGCUCGUCUCCGCCAGAACUGGAAACAGUGGCAGUGCAGUCUCUCCCCCUGAGCCAGCCCAGCGCAGGCGGGACCCUUGAGGAAACCCUGCAGGCCCAACAGGACGGACAGUCGGAUCUCCUGGAAUACUUUGCCGAGAAGAAGCAGCGUGAUCUGUCAGUCUUGCUUCUGGAACUGCAGGAGGCCCAGGAAGAAAUUGCACUGCUAAAGGGGCAGCUUCCGGUCUCGAGCAGCCUGGAGACGGAAGCAGGACAAUCCCAGGGGAGCAACGAGGCCGAGAGAGAGGGAGAAGGAACCGUGCCCAUCCAGAGUGAUUCCAGCAGCAGCUCCCUGGUCACGGUCGACCUUCAGGACUCUCCUUCUGUUCUGGGCAUGCUGUUGGGCCCGGAGGAGAAUGAAACCGCUCAGGGAAUAUCUCUAGACUCCGGGCCGCAGUUACAGAAGUUGGAGCUUGAAGUCGCCGAACUGCAAAGAAGGCAUCGAGAAGCUGUGGAAACCCACGAGAGAAUCCUGGAGGAGAAGACGGCGGACAUUGGCCAGCUUCAAGAACAGAUGGAGGGCUCAGCCAGGGUUGCGCAGACCCUGAACGCAGAGCGUGACCAGAUCCUGUCCCAACUGAAGGAACUCUGCUUCCUAGCGGAGCUGAAGGACCAGUUGGAAGGAGGCCCUGCUCACCCAGAGCAGCAGCAGCUUCCCAACUAUGAGAGUGGAAUCUCUCACCUGGGUUUGUUGAAGGAGCAAAUUCAGAGUCUGAGGAACGAGGCCAAAUCCAAGGAGGUGAAAAUCGUCGCUUUGCAGAAGGACCUGGAUGAAGCCCAGCGUCGCCUCUCCGAGCAAGAAACAGUGGGGAGAAACCUGCUUAGCCAGCUCCAGAAGGAGCAGCAGAACGUCCAAGCCCUGGUAGAACAGGGGCAGGAGGCUUCCACGAAGGCUCAGGAGCUCUCCCAGGCCCUCGUCUUGAAGGAGGUGGAAACCGCCAAGCUGGCGAAGCUCCUCUCUGAGAACUCUCUGGAGGUGGAGAAGCUCCAGCAGGAAGUGAUGGAGCGAGAACAAAGGAUGACCGAAGUCAGCAUCGGCAUGUCCGACCGGAUGGUGCAACUCAACGAGGAGAAGUUUAUGCUGGGGAAAGAGCUGAAGAGCGUGAUGGAGCAACUGAGCGUGCUGCAGCAAGGAAAGGAGACCAGAGAACAGGCGGUGGAAACGGAGGAGGAACGGCCACCAACGGAGGAGUUGCCCACCGAUGAAGCAGUGGAAGUUCUAAGGAAGGAGAACGAACUCGUGAGGAAGAAGCUGCAAGCUGCCCUUCUCAGCAGGAAGGAGCUUCUCAACAGGGUUCGCCAGCUGGAGCAGGAAAGAAAAGGUGGGGAAGAGCCUCCAGCCGAGAGCCAGGAGGUGGUGGCCCAAGAGAACGAAGGAGGUGGACAUCCCUCUGAGAGUCAACGGCUCCAUAGUGGCCAAGGGCAUCCUGCAAGGCGGGACAGAGCUGCCUCACUCAGCCAGUUGCUCUCUGCAAAGGAAGCCACGUCACAGGACACCCCUGAGGAGAAAGAAUGCAUGUGGCCACGGGCCGUGAUUACAGAAUUGCGGCAAAGUCUAGAGCAGAAGGAUCUCCAAAUAAAUGCCUUGCAGGCUGAACUCGAACACUGCAAGUUGGCCCCGGAGAAACAAAGUCCGGUGGAUCAGAAUUUGGAGGGAUCCAGCUCAGCAGAUCCUGGAGCAGGUGGAUCAAGCAGCAAAGCUGACCUUGGCCCGGAAGGAGAAAAUAGGACUGUCCAAGAAGACUUCUCGGCGCUGGUCCAGGAGAGAGAAGAGCUCCAGAAGAAGCUGCAGGAAGCUCUGGUCUCACGCAAGGAGAUCAUUAAGAAAGCCAAGGAGAAGGAUUGUCAUUCUCGCGAGCUGCUAAAGCAGCAGCAGAACGACUACAACUUGCUGCAAGAGCAAUUUGAGCAACAAAGCAGGGAGAGGGAGAACCUGCAGGACCAGCUCCAGAUGAUGUCCAAGUUUCUGGAGAGCUUCCCUCCUCAAAAUCCUACUGGAGAUGUUUCUUCUGAAGGACCGGCAUCAGGGCUUGUGCAGGAGUGUGGCCAGGAGGUCAUUGAAGAACGCACUUCCUUAGUAACUGAAGACUCAGUUGUGGGACAACUUAAGGCAGACUUUGAGAAGCUUCAGGCUGAGAAGAAAGAACUGGAAGCCCAGAUCAGACAUCUGGAAGGAGAGCUUGACAGCAAAUCUGAGAAGACUCUGCUCCUUCAGGAGCAGGUCGAGCAACUCCUGGCUGAAGUGGAGAUGGCCAAAACUGCCUGCAGUCAGAUGGAAACCAGCAUGGCAAGCCUGAAGCUGGAAUUGCAGGAGAGCUGGGAAGAAAUUGCCAGGCAGGAGAGUCUGAGAUGCCACCAAGAGCAGAAGGAACUCAAUGGCAGAGAAGAGAUCCAAGGCCUUCACUCCCAAUUAAUGGAGAAAAGCGAGUCUCUUUGUUGCCUCCAGGCUGAGUUGCAAGAGAAGGAGAAUAUGAUCAAAGCUUUGCAGGGGCAGUUGGACCAAGCCCAACAGCUGCAGGCUGAGCUUCAGGUGAAAUCGGCAGAAGAAUCUGCGGAGACCCAAUCCAAAGCCCAGCUCCAGAGGAAGCUGCAGGCAGCCCUCAUCUCCAGGAAGGAAGCCCUAAAAGAGAGGAAGGGGCUGAGGGAUGAGUUGUCCAGCACCAAGGCCGCUCUGGAAAGCACCUCUCUCCAUCUUCAAGAGGCAGAGCUUCGGGCGUCUGAGCUGGACAAGGACAAGGUGGUCCUGUUGGAGAAAUUGGCGACCCUCAAGGAGGAACGGGACAAGCUCAUAUCGGCGGUGGACAAAGCCUUGGUGGAAAACCAGAACGUGACUGGUUCCUGCGAGAGUCUGAAGUUGGCCCUGGAAGGGGUGACUCAGGAGAAGACAAGUCUUGAGGAGGAAAUUUACUCUCUGAAGGAAAGGCAGGCCCAGGAGCUCUCGGAGUGGCGGAGAAAACACGAGGAACUGCAGAAGGAGUAUGAGACGCUCCUGCAGUCGUACGAGAAUGUCAGCAACGAGGCCGAGCGGAUCCAACGGGUGGUGGAGAGCGUCCGACAGGAGAAGCAGGACCUCUUCCUCAAACUGAAAGAGGCGGAAGCGGAGAAGAAGGACGGGGAGGCUCGCCUGCAGGGAGCCGAACAGGAGAUGGAAGGCAUGAGGGAGAAAAUGAGGAAGUUUGCCAAAUCCAAGCAGCAGAAGAUCUUGGAACUAGAAGAAGAGAACGAGCAGCUGAGGUCCGAAAUUCAUCCUGGGGAUGGUAGACAGGAUGGGGCAAAUUCUGCUCUUCAAGAAGAGCUGGAAGCCUCCAAGAAGAAUUGCCAGGCUCUUUCUGAUGAGCUGAAAGCCCUGGUGGCCGAGAAGGACAGCUUGGAGCAGGAAAUCCAGGAUUUGAGGCAGACUUUGCAAAAUAAGGAAGAUCAGAGCAGCCUCCAAGAGGAGAUGGUGGUCAGAAGCAAGAUGGUCGGUUCCACCAUGAUGUCAUCUUCAGAGGAGGCAGCUGAGAAACAAGGAGAUCCAGACACGGGUUCUGAAGUUCUCCCCACCACUGCUUCGAGCGUGAGGGACCAAAAGGAAGAUCUUAGUCCAGCUAACCCCUUGCGUGAUGAAAGAACUGGGGAUGUUCAGCCAGUGGCAGAGCUUCAGGAGCAAGUGGCAGCACUAGAAGAUGGGAGGAAGAUGGCGGUAGAGGAAAUGAAUAAGGCCCGUAAGGAUUUGGAGGUUUUGAAGGAAGAGAAGGACCACCUGGAAGGUUUACUGGCUGCGAAAGGCCAGGAACUGGAAGCUCUUCAAGAAAAGGUCCUCAAGGUGGAGGAAGCAUGUGGGCAAACCCAGGAACAGCUGGCCGAGGCGCUGAUGUUGAAAGAAGCUUUGGAAACUGAGAAGGAUGACCUUGAAGAAAGGCUGAUGAACCAGCUGGCCGAGUUGAAUGGCAGCAUUGGGAACUAUCAGCAGGACAUGGCCAACCUGGAGAGCCAAAAUCAGCAGCUCCUCGGAGAGCUGGGAAGUCUUCAGGGGUCCCUGAGCCUCCUGGAAGAGGAGAAGCGGCAUCUGUUGAGGGAGAAGCUCGAGGUGGAAGCCGAGAAGAAAGAGAACAUGGAAAAGGUCAAGAGCGCCUGGAAGGAAGACAACGGCCGGACUCAGACCAGAGAACUUCAGGAGCUGUUGAAAGAGAAACAGCAAGAAGUGAGGCAGCUGCAGAAAGAUUGCAUUAAAAGCCAGGAGAAGGUCAGUAGCUUGGAGAGAACCAUCAAGGCCCUGGAGUUUGUCCAGAGUGAAUCCAAGAGGGAGCUGGAGACCACCAAGAAGAGCAUGGCGGAGGCAGAGGAGAAGACCAAGAAGGUCCAGGCUGAGUUGGCUUCCUGCAGAGUCUUGCUGGAUGAUACUCAGAGCGAAGCUGCCCGAGUCGUGGCGGAGAGCUUGAAGGUGAAAGAGGAGCUUCAGAACACCCAGGCUCAGAUCAGAUGUCAGCUGAGUCAAAAAGAGAAGGAACUUGAGAAACAUUUGGAGCAAGAGAAGGCCAAGCAUCUGAAGGAGAUGAGAAACAUGGAAGAGAGGUUGGAAGCCAUGCGGAAAAAGCAGGCGUUCGCCGAGGAGUCGGCGCGAGAACUCCAAGCGUCCCUGCACCAGAAGGACCAAGAAGCCAAACACAUUCAGGGCCACCUGAACCACACCUUAGCCCAGCUGGCAGCCUUCACCAGAAGCAUGUCCUCCCUGCAGGACGACAGGGACCGGGUGAUAGACGAGUCCAAGCAGUGGGAGAAGAAGUUCAGCCAGGCCAUUGAGAAGAAGCAGCAGGAACUCUCUGCUCAAGAAGAGGCCUGCGUUGCCUUGCAAGACCAGGUCAAGAAGAUGGCUCUUCAGGUGGAAGACCUCCAAGGCCUCGUUGUCAGCUUGGAACGUAGCAAGUCAGCCCAAGAGUCCCACGCCCAGAAGGAGCUCCAGAACCAUCAAGAAGAAGUCCAGUUGCUCCAGGAGGAGAAGCACAGACUUGGACUACAGCUUGAAGAGGUCCAGCGGUCACUGGGCCACUCCCAGAGCCAGGUUCUCCAACAAGGAGGAGAACUCGGGUCUCUGAGAAAGCAGCUUUCUGAUCUGCAGGCCUCCUUUGAAGACUGCGACCGAGCCCGUCUUGAGAUGUCGGAGACGGUGAAGAGCCACGAGGCCAGUCUUCAGGAUUACAGAUUCAGUCUGGAGCAGCUGGAGGCUGACCUGCAGGCUUCCAAAGAGCUGACGGACAGACUUCAUACCGAGAUGAGCUUCAAGGAGCAGAAGAUUGUCGGUCUCGUGGCUGCCAAGGAGGAGGCUGUAGCCGAAGCCCUGUUGAAAAUCCAACAACAGCACACGGAAGAGCUGAAGGAGUUGGAGAGCCAGAUGGCCAAGGCUGAAGCCGAGAAGGUGGCUUUGGAGGCCGAUAAAGCAAAAGCUCAGGAGAAAGUGAAUAGUCUCAUGAAGAAGCUGAAGAAUAUCCACGAGGAGAGCAAGCAGAACAAAGCUCAGCUAGAUUCCUUCACCAAAUCCAUGUCUUCUCUGCAAGAUGACCGGGACAGAGUUCUGGAAGACUAUCAGCAGCUGGAACAGCGUCACCUGGCCUCCAUUUUAGAGAAGGAUCAGCUGAUCCAGGAAGCGGCUGCAGAGAAUAACUCCUUGAAGGAGCAACUUCGGACCCUCCACGGUCAGCGGGAUGACUUGCAUGCUGAGAACGCCAAGUUGGAUGCCGAACUGGUACGGUACCGUGAAGACCUGAACCAAGUCAUCUCCAUCAAGGACAGUCAGCAGAAGCAGCUGCUGAAAACCCAGAUUGAGCGUAUCCAGGCCCUGGAGAAGGAGAAGGCAGGAAUGGAAGGCCAGCUGCAAGAGUCUGAACUUAGUUUGGCCAGCCUACAGCGAACCGUGGAGGCCCUGAAGCUGGAGAAGCAGAAUCUGGACCAGGAAGUCAAGAGUCUCAAGUCUUCCCUCUCCCAGAUGCAGGAUGAGAUCCUGGUUCUGAGGGAAGGGGGUGCCAUGAUGGAGCUGCAGUUGCAGUUGCAAGAGAAAGUGGAUGAAAUCCAGAGUUUAGACGAGCAGCUCUCGCUGGCAAAUGAGCAGGUGGUGGGACUUGAAGAAGAGCUGGCUCGUCUUCAUCAAACCACCUCUCAGAAGCUGCAGGAAGCGGACACCAAGAUGAAGGAAGAGCUCAAGAGCUUCCAUCACGACACUGGACUCCUGCGGAAUGAGACUGAGACAGCCGAAGAACGGGUAGCCGAGCUGGCCAAGGACCUCCUGCAGAUGGAGCAGAGCCUCCUCGUGGUCACAGAAGAAAACCAGGACUUGAAGGCCCAAAUCCAGUCGUUCAAGAAAGCCAUGAGUUCUCUCCAAGACAGCUGGGAUCAGUCUAAUGAAGAACGGCGGGCCCUGGAGAAGAGAUACGCGGGAGACCUGGAAGAGCAGAGGCAGCUGCUUCAAGGCCUCCAUCAGGAGAAGCUUCACCUUCAAGAGGCGCAAACCGCCCUGGAGGAGCAGAGGGACAGCAUGGCCUCCGAACUCGCUGCCCUCCGAGAUUCAACGGAAGGGAAGAGCUUCUUGGAGAAGGUGGAGAAACUCAACCAGCAGCUUCAAUCCAAAGACACCCAACUUGCUCACCUCUCUUCAGAGCUGGAGGGGGCCUUUGGCCAAGUGAAGGCCUUCUCCCAGGCCAUGGCCAGCCUGCAGGCUGAACGGGACCGUCUGCUGAGCGAGCUGGACAAAACCCGCAAGACCGAGGAGGUGAAGCUGCAGUCGGCCGCCGACAUGUCUUCCGGCCUGGCCGAAGUGCCGAGUCUCAAGAAGGCGCUCUCGUCCCUGCAGAACGACCGAGACCGGCUGCUGGCGGAGCUGAAGAACCUGCAGCAGCAGCACCUCCAGGCCGGGGCGGAGACGGCGGAGACGGGGCGGCUGAAGGCCCAGCAGAAGGCGCGGGAGGUGGAGCAGCAGCAGGAGAGGCUGCAGCAAGAGAGGGACUCUGCCCAGACGGAGCUCCGGCAGCUCAGGGAAGAAAAGGCCGCCUGGGAGGCUGAGAAGCUGCAGCAGCACCAAAGGGAGGGGGCUCCAGGGGCGACAGGCUCCGGCAGAGACCCGUGUGGCCAGACGGCAUCCGUGGAGGACCUCCAGCUCCAGCUUGGCAGCAGUUUGAAGCAUCUGCACCAGAAGGAGCUCCGCAUCCAGCAGCUGAACAGCAAGCUCUCGCAGGUCUUCGAAGAGAAGAACGCCCUCACCCACCAGCUCCGGGGAAGCAGCCGCAGUCUGCGCGAGACCCACCAGCAGCACAGCGAGGCUCUGGCCCGCUGCGCGUCCCUCGAAAAGCAGCUGCAGGAGUUGCAGAGUCCGGCAAAGACCGUGGGACCCCUCCUGGCUGAUGCUGCUCCUGGGGCCCCCCAGGAGAAAGAUGAGACCAACAGGCGGGAGCUGCAGGAGCUUCAGAUGCAGUUGUCGGAGGCCAAGCAGCAGCAAAGCAGUGCCAGGCAGGGCCUGACCAAGCUCCAGAAGCUGCUGCAGGAGGAGCAGGAGAGGCGCCUGGCUGCCGAGGAGGCUUGCGCUGCCGCCCAGGAGCAGAUCCGCAGGUGGGAGUCCGAGGAGUGGGCUCAGUCCCCGGAUACCAGCAUUGUGAUGCCCCCCGGCCCUGAACACCCCCUGCUGCCGGGGUCUGCAGAGAGCUCCUUCAGCAAGGCUCGAGGGGGCCGGGGGCUGCAGCGGGCCCUGCGCUCCGUCUUCUGCCCCCGCCGGCUCUUCUCCCUGCUGGCCACCGUCUACCUCUUCGGCAUCCACCUGCUGCUCCUCCUCCACGUCGUGGGCCGCCUGUGAGAAGACGGGGAAGCCCAGAAGCCCCCGGUGCCUGGGGGUUCCCGCUGGGCUGGGCACGGGGAGCUACUGGCUUACAGGCGGCCUGGUUGAAUCUGCCUGAGGUCAAGGCCAAUCCUGGCUCGUCAAGUUGGGGAUGAUGGGCUUUCUUAGCCAUUCGCCUUGCAGGGUUCGUGCUGCUCCUCCAAGGGCAGCCUCGGGGCUUUCCCGGCCUCGGAGACCGGCCGAGUCGGGGUGGCGUCAGUCCCCGUUUAUUUGGGGGGGAAGGGGCGGAGCCGAGAAGAUGCCCACCUCCCUUCCUUUCGGUGGCAUUAAUCUUAAUUAGCUAAGGUGGGACUCCCUGCAGGAGAAGAAAGGACCAAGUAGACUUGGUUGACUUCUGAUUAGGGUUAAACAUCACUUCCCUCUUCCUGCACGGUUCGGGGUGCCCCCGUUUUAACCCCUGGGGCUGGGAAUACGGUCCCCAGGGCAGAAUUUCACAAACUUUCCGGGUUUGCAGACCGGCUUUUUGUGGGGGGGGGGAGAGAGGGCUGGUUCUGCGCAAGCGGCAGCCAUGUGUGUGUGCCCGUGCAUGCUGCUUGCGCAAGAGGGGAUGCACGCAUGCACAUGCUUGCCCGCCUGCCACGUCUGCAGCCCGGUUCUGAAGACCUCAAGGGCCAGUAAUGAGCUGCAGCCCGAGGAUUGGGGACUCCUGCCCUAAAGGAAGAGGGUGACCCUGUUCUGUCCUGUUCUGGAGAGUCUCCAGAAGGAGGGAGGGUCUGAAG